UGCUUUGAAGAUCUGGUGAAAGGGUUUGUGUCUGAGUAUCCAGUCAGUUUUAUUUUCAGAUGUGAGUUUACCUGUAAGGUCGCUCAACGUUGAUUACAGUGGCUUUACUUUGAAAUUAUGACCGGAAUUUGUUUUGUUUUUUGUGGUUGACUUGACGGACUCGUUGUACGUGAAAGUGAAACUAAAAUGUACCCGGAGUUGAAGGGGAAACCCACAAUUCAAACAAGACUGUUCGUACCAUAGCAGCAAAGAGUACCUGACAAUAACGUGAAGACAACAAUCAUGACAGACUUCUCUACAAUCUACAAACUGUCCCUGGUUGCUGCUUUCUGCUUCAUUAAAGCCUGCAGCAGCAGCUGUCCAGUGCUGGACUGCUGGUUCGUGCAGGAGAAAGCCGGUCGAGGAGGAGGUUUAACUGCAGCUACAAGCCAGGAAAAAUCCCUGCUUCACGUCAGAACAGAUGCACACAGCCACGCUGCAGAGUCCCAACCGGCUCCAUCCGACAUCAACCCCGACAGAGUCUACUUUGUCACAGACCCAGCUGCCACUCUUUGCCACCGCUGUCUGAACCCUCCCAGAGGCUCUGUUAAGAAGCCCCAGUGUGAGAUCAACCCCUUCCUGCCGCAGCCGUCCACCCUCAAAUGGGUUGCUCCUCUCACAGCCUCCGCCUUAAGCCCCAUGUAUUUGCAAGCUGUUUGGUUUUCAACCGCCGUUCAGGGCCUGAACAAAGAGCUGGCCGUUUCCUCUAUCAUGCGUGCUCCCACAGCAACCAAAGAGCACAAUGUGAUCCUCAGUGUUACCAGUAAAACAGUCUCAGUGCAGUCCAGACUGGGGGAACCAGUGCUGCUGGACUGUGGCUUCUGGGCCGACCCCUCCUCGCCUCUCUCCAGGUUGGGUUUUGCUGUAGAGUGGCGCUACCAGUUCAGAGGUGAUGGGCGAUUGGUUCUGGCCUACGAUGGCAAAGCGGACCGCUUGGCUGAUACGCAAGAGGAAGGGGCCACACUGGACUUUGAGAGUUUGCAUGAGAAAGGAAACGCGUCUCUGAUCCUGCAGGAGGCUAAAGUUCGUCACUCUGGGAUGUAUAUUUGUACAGUUUAUCUGCCCUACCUUGUGGCUCAGGUGGCAGUGGAGCUUGAGAUUGUAGAACCUCCAUCUCUCUCCAUCCACCCGUCCCCUCUGCCCCUCGCUGUUCCCGGCCAGGCUUUGACAGUCCAGUGUGAGGCGUCUGGCUUUGCCCCCCUCUCCCUGGAACUGAGCUGGGAGUUUAAAGGCGCUGAUGGGAAGUCCAGGCCUCUGGGAUCAGGCAGUGUAACGGGCCACAAGCAGGCCUGGGAUGGAACUUAUAGCCAGAGUUCCCGGCUGGAGCUCGACACAACUAAGCUGGACCUGGGCAGAGGAGGGGAGGUCACCUGUGUGGCUGUCCAUCUCGGAAGCACACGACGGGCCAGCACGACCGUCAACAUCGUUGGAUUCAGCACUCCCACCAUUGAGGACUCAAUGGCAAUGGUUGGUGUAGCGCUAGUGCUCUACGGUCUAAUCAAGUUUGUCUCUUGGACCUUUACUAGCUCAGGCUCAGAUGAGGCUGGUCAACAAGACAAGAAAGACAAGUAAAGAAGAAUGAAGUCAACUGCUGUGAAAGUGUGAUACUGAAUCAACAAACCUGAUUGUUUUGACAUCUUGGCUAGGGUUUCAGGGGUGACUAUCCUCGUGUUUAAGCAGACAGUUAUGCCAUUUGUUUUUUGAAGCUUGCAUGAUGAUAAGUCUGUGUAAACUUUACCUUUUAGAGUUGUUUUUCCCCACAGAUCCUGUUGUUUUGUUCACUAUUUUGCUCAAAUAGUAAUAAUACUUUGGGAUAAACUUACUGUUCUGCUAAGAUUUCAGUGAGAAUUUACUGAACAGGGCCUCUGUCUAAACAUAAUAUUUCUUUAAUUGUCCUUUUGAGGGCAAUUUAGCUGUUAUAUCAUAUUGGCCUCCCACUGUUUACAUAAUGUAUCUUGUCAUGAACACUGGAAAAGGGCCAGAAACUUCCAGGAAUUUUGAAACGAUAAUGUGAUUAAACGUCAACUUCAAUUUGGUGAUGAUAAUGCUUCCAUAUGAUGCACAUAGAUAAUAGUUUUUUUGGCUAUGUUUAUAUGUUUAUUAACAGUUGUAUUUGAGGGAGUAGAGACAAACCUCUGUGUGUGUGUGUGUGUGUGUGUGUGUGUGUGUGUGUGUGUGUGUGUGAGUGAAAGAAAUAGAA